AUGAUUAUUCUCUCCAUUUCCUUAGUUCUUUGCAUUGCUAGCACCUACGCAACGAGCGCCGCGACAUCCGCAACAGCAGCGUGCAACAACAUUACCGCGACACUCGGCUCUACCAUCGUCCAGUCGUCUGGGGCGCAGUAUAACGCGACCGCCCAGGGAACUUGGAGUCUAUUCAAUUCACUGGAUAGGCCAACGUGCAUUGUGUACCCGACGAGCGGAGCCCAUGUCCAAACUGCCAUGGCCGCCAUCUACGCGAACAACGCGAAAUACGCGGUCAUCGCUGGUGGACACAGUGGAAUGCUUGGUUAUAACGACAUCACCAAUGGGGUCCUCAUUUCCUUCUCAAACAUGCAGAGUAUCUCUUAUGACGUCGCGACUGGUUUGGUGACGGUUCAACCUGGCAUCCACUGGGGCGACGCUAUCAACUAUCUGCAGUCCUAUGGCGUUGCAGUCAUGGGUGCUCGAGCUUCGGAUAUUGGAACAGGUCUACUUCUUGGAGGUGGCAUCAGUUUCCUGUCCCCUCAAUAUGGUUGGUCGGCAGACGCGAUACAAGAAGUCGAUGUGGUAUUGGUCGAUGGAAGGCUGGUGACCGCAACACGGACCAACCAGUAUAAAGACCUUUUCCGGGCUAUCAAGGGAGGAGCAAAUCGCUUUGGCAUCGUGACGCGGUAUGUGCUGGUGCCUGUAACAACGGGAACAGCAGCGGACAAGAAUUGGUAUGGUGGAAUCAAGAUGUUUUCUGGCGCGGAUUCGGCGAAACUCAACAAUGCAACUGCAAAGUUCAUUCGCGAGAAUACGGAUCCCAAAGCGAUCCUGAUGCCGAUUAUGAGCACCAUGGAUCUUACCUCACCCACCGCCCAUGUCAUCUACAUGUACUACCAAGGUGCAUCCCUCCCCACAAGCAUUUUCGGAACCUUCCUUUCUCUCAAUGCAACCACAACGUCAUUCUCCGCGUUAUCUUAUGCCGAUAUGGCAAACGCGAUUGCUGGAGAUGGGCGAGGCAAUGGCCAGAACUUUGGCGCUGCGUCGUUUAUUGGGAGUGAAGCAACAUUCCAAAAGGGCUUCGAUUUGUUGGCCAACUUUACCAACCACUUCGGCUCCCAACUUGCGAGCUGCAGUUUGGUCGUGUCGGUUAUUCCGCGGUCGCAAUGGGUUGCAAGCAAGGCGCGUGGGCCGAAUGCGAUUGGGGACCCAGGAGUGCCAUACGCCACUAUGGAUUACUACCUGAUUUAUCCUGCUGGCGUAUCGGUUCGACCAGCAAACGUCCAGGCUGGGUUCGAAUUUUUGCUUUCUCAGUUACAGAUGCCAGAGAACAAGGAUUUGCCGUUAUAUAUCAACGAGUGCGACGCUUCGCAACAAGUCUAUGCAACAUAUCCAGCGUACAAGCGCUUGAAGAGCAUAUACGCUAAAUACGACCCAACGAGGUUCAACCAUCGAGAAGUCGUUUAUACCAAUGUAAUUUUAGCAGACGAAAUGGGAGUGCUGAGCAAGAAGUGGAGUCACGACGUGACCAAUCCGGCACCGCAAUUUCUCCACUUUCUUCGAACGUCCACCAUGGACACGUUCGACAACUUCCAAUACGAGUCGGCCUCUUCCUACGGCGGGGGAAUUGGCAUCGUCGAUGACACCUCAUCGGUUUAUACCGCCAACACAGCAGAUAAUGCUUCCUCGGUUGACUUGUCAAGUCUCUCGAUCUCAGACGCGGAUUCGUACAACCACGCAAAUGGUCAUGCAGGCCAUUCACAUCCUCACGCGCAACCCGCUCGAAACGGCGGUGGGAUUGAUGAAGACUUUGAUGCUGUUCUUGACGAUUUGAAGGAUGAUGGUGCUGUCGACUUGCCCCCGCAUGCUUGCAGCUAUUGCGGCAUACACUCUCCAGCUUCCGUCGUCAAGUGUCUCGUUUGCGCCAAAUGGUUCUGCAACUCGCGAGGAAAUACUUCCGCGUCGCAUAUUGUCAACCAUCUCGUUCGCGCAAAGCACAAGGAAGUCAUCCUCCAUGCAGAAAGUCCCCUGGGCGAGACUACUCCCGAGUGCUAUAACUGUGGGAGUAAGAAUGUGUUCAUGCUGGGUUUUAUACCGGCGAAAAGUGACACUGUUGUCGUUCUUUUGUGUCGUCAACCAUGUGCUGCUAUUUCUAAAGAUAUAUCGUGGAAUGCAGCGCUUUGGGCUCCUCUUAUCGACGACCGCUCCUUCCUCUCCUGGUUGGUUAAGCCCCCGAGCGAGACGGAGCAACUGCGAUCCCGUCAGAUUUCCUUCGCCCAGAUAAAUCGCCUCGAGGACCUGUGGCGGGAGAACGCUAACGCCACAUUAGAAGACUUGGAAAAACCAGGCGUCGACGACGAGCCCCAAUCGAUCCUCCUCCGUUAUGAGGACGCAUAUCAAUACCAAAACAUAUUUGGGCCGCUUGUCAAGAUUGAGGCAGACUACGACAAACGUCUCAAGGAGAGCCAGACGCAGACAGACAUCACUGUUCGUUGGGACCUUGGUUUGAAUCAGAAGCGCGUUGCGUGGUUUGGCUUGCCGAAGCUGGAGAGUGGUGAAGUUCGACUUGCUGUUGGUGACGAACUGCGUUUGCGCUACCAAGGCGAACUCCAUAAAGCUUGGGAGGGUGUUGGUCAUGUCAUCAAGAUUCCCAACAAUGUUUCUGACGAGAUUGGUCUCGAACUUCGCCGAACAGAAGGUGUUCCGUCUGAAUGCACACAUAACUUUGCAGCAGACUUUGUUUGGAAAUCGACCAGCUUUGACCGUAUGCAACUUGCGAUGAAGACAUUUGCAGUCGAUGAGAAGAGUGUUAGCGGCUAUAUCUAUCACAAACUUCUCGGUCACGAACUAGAACCACAGAGCUUGCGCACGCAAAUGCCGAAGCGGUUCUCGGCGCCUGGUCUUCCCGAGCUGAACCAUUCUCAAAUGUAUGCGGUCAAGAGUGUCUUACAGAAACCCAUCAGCCUCAUUCAAGGACCUCCUGGCACAGGCAAGACUGUCACCUCAGCGUCGAUCGUCUACCAUCUCGCCAAGAUGAAUCCGGGUCAAGUCCUUGUCUGCGCGCCCUCCAAUGUUGCGGUAGACCAGCUUACGGAGAAGAUUCACGCGACGGGACUGAAAGUUGUCCGCCUCACAGCCAAAUCACGUGAAGCCCUUGAUUCCAGUGUCAGCUUCCUCACGCUACACCAACAAGUCGCGAACAGCACUACGCAUGUCGAGCUGCAGAAGCUUAUAAUGCUCAAAACUGAGCAAGGAGAGUUGAGCAGCAACGACGAGCGCAAGUACAAGACAUUAAUCCGACAAUGCGAGAAGGAGAUUUUGGCGGCCGCAGACGUGAUUUGCUGCACUUGCGUCGGAGCGGGAGAUCCGCGAUUGAGUAAAUUGAAGUUUAGGACCGUGUUAAUUGACGAGGCAACACAAGCUGCUGAACCUGAGUGCAUGAUUCCUCUUGUUUUGGGUUGUAAACAGGUGGUGCUUGUUGGUGAUCACCAGCAGCUCGGCCCUGUUAUUAUGAACAAGAAGGCUGCCCGCGCUGGUCUUACUCAAUCCCUUUUCGAACGAUUGGUGGUGCUUGGCAAUCGACCCAUUCGGCUGCAGGUACAAUACCGCAUGCAUCCCUGCCUUUCGGAGUUCCCAUCCAACAUGUUCUACGAGGGUACCCUUCAAAAUGGUGUCACAGCGCCGGAACGACUUCGAAAAAAUGUCGACUUCCCUUGGCCUGUUCCUGACACUCCCAUGUUCUUCUACCAAAAUCUUGGACAAGAGGAGAUUUCGAGCAGCGGGACAUCGUUCCUCAACCGAACUGAAGCUUCCAACGUCGAGAAGAUCGUCACCAAGUUUUUCAAAUCUGGCGUUGUCCCUGGUCAAAUCGGUGUCGUAACACCUUACGAAGGACAGCGUUCCUAUAUGGUCAACUACAUGCAGUUCAAUGGGUCCCUCAAAAAGGAUCUGUACAAGGAGAUCGAGGUCGCCAGCGUUGACGCUUUCCAAGGACGCGAGAAGGAUUAUAUCAUUCUCAGCUGUGUGCGAAGCAACGAGCAUCAAGGUAUCGGGUUUUUGAACGACCCUCGUCGUCUGAACGUCGCGCUCUCCCGUGCGAAGUAUGGAGUGGUCAUCUUGGGCAACCCGAAAGUGUUGAGCAAGCAUCCGCUCUGGCAUUAUCUCUUGACACACUACAAGGAGAAGAAUUGUCUGGUGGAAGGCCCACUGAACAACUUGCAACCAAGCAUGAUUCAAUUCAGCAAGCCAAGGCGAUCGCUUGCGAAAUCGAUGGAUCAAUUCCGCCGACACGAAACAAGUGCAAGAGAUUAUAUCGGCCCCGCGAAUGGGAAUGGCGGUAUUCCGGAUAGUCGCCGCUCUGGAACUCCCAGCCGCUUUGACUCGAGCUUCUAUCGCGCUCAUGAUGCUUUGGGUUACAUCCCUUCGGAUGUCCAAUCGCUUCGUUCUCAGGCAACUUACUCUACUGGUCUUCCUAUGUUCUCUUCUGCUGGGCCAUUUGGGCCGGUUGGUGGAGGAAUUCCUCGUGGUGCGACUGGCGCAAAACGAAGCACGUACAGUUACGCCUCGUCUGUUAUCUCACAAGACGCUGGAGCGCCGAGCGUUACCGAUGCAAGCAGCGUUGUUGGAAUGGGAAUGGGUGUGGGAGGCAGCGGGGUCAACAACAUGAUCGCUUAUUCGCAGAGCGACCGUAUUCAUGGCCACGCGCUCCCUCGUCACGGUCGUCGACCCUCGUUUGGAAGCUCAAGUGUGGCUGGAGUCAGUGAAGCAGGCAGUCUGGCCAUGUCCUCCCAAUACGAUUACAAGAGCCAAGAUGACGCAGGCGACAUGGACGACAUGAAGAGUCAGUAUGCCGGCACGCAAGCUGGCGUCACUGUCUAUUGA